CCGAUUUAGAAUAUUUAUUUAUUUAUUUACACGCAGAAACACGCCUUAAAAGAGAAGCUAGUCAAACAACUACUCCCAGCCCAGGCAACUGUAUUAGUGCUUGAUAACCAUGUCAGGAGGCAUUGCUCGUGGUCGUCUUGCUGAAGAGAGAAAACAAUGGCGCAAGAAUCAUCCCCAUGGUUUUGUGGCGAAGCCCGAGACUCAACCUGAUGGUUCCAUGAAUUUGUUAGUGUGGCAAUGUGUUAUCCCUGGAAAAGCUGGGACUGAUUGGGAAAGUGGUUAUUACCCACUAACAAUGUAUUUUUCUGAAGAGUACCCAAGUAAACCACCCAAGUGUCGGUUCCCUGCAGGCUUCUUCCACCCUAAUGUUUACCCAUCUGGGACUGUAUGCCUGUCCAUCUUAAAUGAAGACUGUGACUGGAGACCUGCAAUUACUGUGAAGCAGAUUCUUAUUGGAAUUCAGGACUUGUUGGACCAGCCGAAUGCUGCAGAUCCUGCCCAGACUGAAGGAUAUCAUCUUUUCAUUCAGGAUACAACGGAGUAUAAAAGAAGGGUUCGGCAACAGGCUAAACAGUACCCAGCCACCAUUUGAUGCUGAAUCUCAUAAUGCUGGAGUAUAGCCAAUGGUUGUGGCGUAUGAAGUGGGUAAUUUGCUUUUCUAGAGCUAUCCUUUGUCUAAAGCCAUGUGUAUAAAUUCUGACUUUUGUUGAUUGGUAGCAACCAUGGUAGCCCUUAUUCAUAAAUGUUUGUAAUAUUUGGUUUCCCUUCCCGUGGGUCAAAAAUACUCAAACCUUUUUCUAGGGUAGAGAUUCCAAUGGUUUGUGUGUGAAUGCCCAUUGGAUUUGAGGAAUAUUGUAAUAUUCCUUCUUUCAAAUGUGCUUUAAACUUAUGGAAAGCCCUUGUCAAGUACCAUUCAAAAGUGAAAUCUUUUCACUUUUUUAAAUUGUGAUGUUCACAUGUUGUACGUGCUUUUACUCUUUUAACUACAUUAUUAGUGAAUGCUUUUAUCAAUCAUAUUCUUUUUGGAGA